AUGCCAGCAACCUCGCUCGACGAUAGUAAAUGCAUUAGUUGGAAGCCGGGCGAGCUCAGCAUACUUGACGAAAAACAUGCGGAGUAUCAGGCGUUCAAACUCGGCAGCGUGCAAAGAAAGGAACUCCUUGAUGUUACGGCGGAGGCGUUACAGAAGGCCUCUCCUCGCCUUCAGAACAUGCAACUAUUGACGGUUCGUAAGAAGGUUCUCCACUUCUUCAAGAACGAUAGGGUUCAGAAGAUUCAAGGUGGCGGAUGCAUUCCUCCCAAUGCACGCAUGCUAUUUUCUACGCGCAUCCGUCACGAUGGUGCCAGCGCAUUGUGGGCGAAUUCUGAGGAGGGGCGGAAGGUAUGGAAUGCUUCGCUGGAACGUGAGAAGGUGAGCGGUGUGGUGAAUGAUGGCAACCGCCUGGGACUUAUCUCCUCACUCAGGGCCUCGCUUUUCAAGAAGCUGCCAGCGGAGGAGCAGAAGGAGUGGGCCGAGAAAGCGGAUGCACUGUGCAAGGAGGAGGAAAAUAUGAGCCUCGAUGAGGCCAUCACCGCCAACCAGGAGACCCUCUUCGUCACAGUGGCCAUGGGUCUGAAGGCCUUGAUUGGAAGCGAACGCGGGCAAGCCGGUGAGGACGUCGGCUUCCAUGUGAAGAUGGUCUACAAACCCCAAGAUGGAGCUACUCGUUUCACUUGCAUGGACGUUAUGCUGAAUCAAGAAUCGGGACGCUUUUCAACAUUCGAAGGGGGUAGCGAAGCCGAACGCUUGCGGUGGAUGUGCUUUGCGGAGCAAGUGUUUUCUGUCAACUGGAAGGCUGACGACGUGACUGGCAAGCCCGUUCUUCUACAAAUGGAGGAUGACUGGACCCCCAUGCGCGUGGGGAAGACCCUCAAGGAAUACUUGAAAGGUUUAUGGGACUUUUCUCACCAUCCAGUCAUGGAUCCUCCCGAUCUCCCGUGGAACGAGCUCAACGAUCCCGUGUGCGACGUGGUGCCCGAGACGUGGCAUGGAUCUCUUGGGGAUCCAGAGAAGAUGAAGGCCGCGGAAGUCAUGGCCCUUUACCUUCAGAUGCACGACUGUCAGGAUACCGCCGCGGCCUUCCACUUCGUGGUACACCCUGAAGACAUCGAAGGUCGCAAGAACGUCAAUAUUCUAGGUGAAUUGUCCCAUGGCGGCCACGUCAUAAUUCUUGAGUCGGAAGAGGAUGACGACGACGACGAUAGUGUAGUCGUCCUCUCCCCAUCAUGCAGGAAACUUAACCUUACGAAGUUGAAGGGUGCUCGCAUGUCGAAGGAGAACAAACGCUGA